UAGAGAGCGGGCUGAAUGUUAGUUCUUAGUGUUCUGAGCAGAUGAGGAAGCAAAAAUACCUUACAAGGAAGUAAAAUAAUACGAAAUGCUUUUGACUUAGCUAUGUCGUUACAACUUUAGAAUAAAUACUGUCAUAACGCAGACAACAAUUAUGGUAUUAUGGACAACAACAUCGUUAUGAAGGGGCAAUGGUAGAAUCCCGUUGCUGUUAGCCAGCCUGGGUCAAUGGACGCGAGGACUUGAACUGUGGAUAAGUUACCUGGCUAGCUACUAACAGACAGCUGAGCUCAUUAGCUAGCGCUACAGCUCUGGCUUGAAGAAUUACAGCUCAAGUUCAACAACUUUUGUAUUACCUAGCUAGCUUUCCAGUGCUACCAGACUGACUCCUGUCUGUCCCUAACAUGGCAUCCUCCAGGCUGAAGUACCUGUCUCUGGGGGUGCUGGUGUUCCAGACCACCUCUCUGGUGCUGACCAUGCGCUACUCCCGCACCCUGCAGGGGGACGGUCACCGCUACCUGGCCUCCUCGGCUGUGGUGGUGGCUGAGUUCAUGAAGAUCAUUACCUGUUUGCUGCUCGUCUUCAAGGAGCACAGCUACAGUGUUCGGGCUCUGAGCAGUAUUCUGAGGCAGGAGAUAGCCCACAAACCUAUAGAGACCCUGAAGCUGGCCAUUCCUUCUGGGAUCUACACACUACAGAACAACCUGCUCUACGUGGCUCUGUCUAACCUAGAUGCUGCCACCUACCAGGUGACCUACCAGCUGAAGAUCCUUACCACAGCUCUCUUCUCAGUGUCCAUGCUGGGCCGGAGACUGGGUGUGUACCAGUGGCUCUCCCUGCUCAUCCUCAUGGCUGGGGUUGCACUUGUGCAGUGGCCCUCUGAGUCCCCUGGGACCCCUGAGAAGGAGCAGCUGUCUGCGGGGUCCCAGUUUGUUGGCGUGGCGGCGGUGCUGGUGGCCUGCUUCUCCAGUGGCUUUGCUGGCGUUUACUUUGAGAAGAUCCUCAAAGAGACAAAACAGAGUGUCUGGGUCCGCAACAUCCAACUGGGAAUGUUUGGCCUGGUGUUUGGUCUGAUGGGGAUGUUUGCGUACGAUGGGGAGAGGGUCCAAGAGUCUGGGAUGUUCCAGGGAUACAACACAGUCACCUGGAUAGUGGUGGCUCUGCAGGCACUAGGAGGGCUGGUUAUAGCAGCUGUCAUCAAGUAUGCAGACAACAUCCUGAAGGGUUUCGCUACGUCACUCUCCAUCAUUCUGUCAACACUAAUAUCCUACUUCUGGCUGCAGGACUUCGACCCAACUAGUGUGUUCUUCAUGGGUGCAGUGCUGGUCAUCACGGCCACCUUCCUGUAUGGCUACGAGGGCAAGCCCUCCCCCAACCCAAGUCGUGCCUAGGGGACAUCGCAGAGGGGGGGAAAGGAGGUCCGAAAGAGAGAUCAGGUAAAAGAAGAUAUGAGAAGAAGAAAGUGGAGAGGAAGAGAGAAGUGGAGUGAAAGACACUAGACUAGUGGCAUUGAGAUGGGCCUCUGACACCAUGAAGUGCAUCAACUAUGAAAUGUGACCAGGAAGUAGCCAGACAAGGCUGUUCCUCACCAUGGUUACCACUACAGAGAAAUACACCCAUGAGAAAUAGACCCAUGAGUCAUGACCAAGCUGAGCAGUGUACUGGUCAGCCAGCUUACCGCACUGGGACAAAACUAGUUAGGGUGGUUCCCCUGUCUUAAUGUUACUGUCAUCAGCUAAAUCAUGAAGAUGAUGGGUAAACAAAGACACCAUAAUGUUCACACAUGACUUUUGACAAUAGUCCAGAUGUAUUGGACUCCACAGACAUACUGAUGACAUACUGAUGAACUAUGUUGCUUUCUCACUGCUGUAGAGACUGUUAGUGGGUCGUUCCACAAAAUGUGUGCCUUUUGCGCCCCUUUGAUAUUUUAAGUAAACAUGGUGCACCAAUAUUACAUUUUUAAAAGUCUUAUAUUAAUUGAAGUGCCCUUUUGUGUAUAUACUGUAUUUCUAAAGAUGAUUAUUUAUUUAAUGUGAUUAGUUAUUCAUUUACAUUUUUCCCAAAUGUUCAACCCUGUUACCUGAACUUCAUUCUCAUUUUAAAUAUAAAGAAACACUGAACAUCUAAUUGUCAAACCAUAGUGUAAAACAAAUCUGGUUUUACUCUUUUUGGCCAUUUUCUGUCACAAGGGGAUUUAUGGCUGCUUUUGAGAUUAAAUCGUCAACCCUGUUACUUUACUUGGCUUUACUAUAGUAUUUUUUUGAGAUGGGAAAAUUUGUUUUUAUGAAGUUGAACAUGUGGUCUUUGACAGAGUGUUAAAUUAUGUGAAAUCAAACAUUCUUUUUUUCCCAAGUUACACUACUCAAAAGGCACCCAAUUGGUGAAACGACCCUUGUACUUUUCCUCUCCUUGUCACUUGAUUUGUUAUUAGGGGAAGCGGGUAAGGAUGACGUUGUUACUGUAUUUACCAAUCAUGAGGAACGCACGUCCAUAAAGAAAAUGUUUCCAACAUCAAAGACGAGUGUGUAAUUUAGAAAUUCUACAAGUGCUCUGAUCCAAGAGAUGCAAACACAGUCACACUCAUGCUCUCCCUAUUAUAUCUGACAAUACAUAUUUUGAGUGCAUAUUGUGCAUGAGACCUAUAGCUCAGAGGAUAAACUGAUUCCACUGAGCCUCUGUCAACACCGAAACAUGAAUACGCAGCAGCUGUGUGUACACUGGCAAUGUGGGACUGAGGGGAACAACUAUUACACUUGCAGAUUAAUUCAAAGACGUUCUUAUAACACGCAAACAUGUUUUACCUUCAUUUUAUUGAAUUAAAAACAAUGCUUGCAUGCUAAAUCUCCCACCCAUCCAUAAUGAAACCCUUUGGAAUACCUGCCUACGUUGUCCCAUUGUACAUGUGAUUGAAUGUACAGUUCUGUACAUCCUCCAGUCCGAGUCAUUCUGUUCUCAGGCACAUCUGUUACUGUGAAUGACUGGCUCUCAAUGGACGUUUGUCACCAUACACAGUAUGUGAUAUGACCUUCAAUAUAAACAAUUGAUUUGUAAUAUCCUAUUCAA